AUGGCCGCUACCUUCCGGCCAGUGAAUCCUCUGAAUCUCACCGACUACCACAGACACCCAAGCGCCAUCAUGACUUCGUCCCCAGCCACGCCCCGCCCUAACACGGCGCCUCAAUCACAACUCGACAUGCCGAAAGACGUUGGAAAGACACCAACAAGAGUCACCUUUGGUGUCUCUAACGAUGCUCAUAACCCUCAACACGAACACCCCGAAAAUGCAAACUCCUCCUCAACGACAUCGCCGAACAGAGACUCGAUGGAUGUUGAUAUGGAAGACUCGGAUAACGAAGCGGGUGGCGAUGACGGCGGAUCUGACGGUGAAAGUCUAAAUGGGGAUGGAACUAAGUCCAAGAAGAAGAAGUCGCAACGCUUCUACUGCACCGACUAUCCUCCCUGCAAUUUAAGUUUCACCAGAAGUGAGCAUCUUGCCCGUCACAUAAGAAAACAUACUGGAGAACGUCCGUUUCAGUGCCACUGUUCACGUCGCUUUUCUAGACUCGACAAUCUUCGCCAGCACGCGCAGACUGUACAUGUCAACGAAGACAUUCCCAACGACUCCCUCGCCGCCACCGGUUCUAGAUUCCAGCGUCAAAUGCGCACCGAUAGAGUUCGGCAGGCUGGCAACAGAGCCCGAGCAUCAACCAGCGGCAGCGCUGGUGGACCCUCUCGCGGCCACUCCAAGUCACUAUCGACAUCCAGCAUCAACUCGAUAGGCUCGAUAGGCUCGUCGUAUGGAAUUCCGAUGCACGCAGAUCGCCGCCGGCCGCCACCUCUUGUCAUGUCGGAUCCACGAUCCCGGAUGUCAGUUGAGUCAUACCGCAGUGGUGUUGAAAGCAACUACUCCUACAGGCCUCAUUCUCCCAGCGACUUCAGCACUCCGACGUCAGCCGGCUUUUCUACCGCCCAAAGUAGUCCACGCUGGCCCUCUGGCGUGGGAUCUCCGACAACCUCAGCACAUUCACACUCUCGGUCCCAAAGCAUGUACAUGCCUGACCACAGAAGUUCAGCACGCCGCCUAAGCGUGCCCUCUGGUGUUGCUCCUUUCCAGUCCCACGGACCCCCUCCUCCUGGUCGCCUCUCGUUUGGCCCAGCGCUCGUAAACAGCUCGAAUGCCGGCGCCUUCUCACCGCCAAAUCACAACUCUGUCCCUUCCGUUGCGGGACACCCCACAGGGUGGUCUGGCCGCCGCGACAGCACUUCCAGCAAUGGUCCAGAUGAUGGCUGGCGCAGACGCACCUGGCAUCCAGAUAGCCGCAUGUUAAACGGUCAGCAGCCGCCGCUCAAUGCACAGUCCGCUGUUCAUCCGAACCCUCCACCACCCAUGGCCACGCCGGCCAAUACACAGUCCAACUUGCGACUACCUGGAAUCGAAUCUUUCGACCCUCUUCCGCAACGCCCGCCGACGCCGCCCCGGCGCACUCAUUCCCCAAUGGCUGUUGAUCCCGAGACCUACCAGCGUCGUAUGCCCAACGCACAGCUGGACGCUAUCCCCGUGGAUGAUCGCCGCAACCUGAACAUGUACGAUGCUAGUCUUCAGCGUGGUAUCAACCGGCUUGAUAUUGGGCACCGCACUCCUCCAACUGACAGCGCAGGCAGCUGGGCUGCUGAGGCGAAUAAGGCAGUUCAAGCCCAAGGCGAGCGUGUACAUAGCCAUGUUCGCUUCGAGGAGCCACCGCGUGAGCGUUACGGCCCACCCCCAUCGCGUUCUCUUCACCAGCAUACUAUGUCAGCUCCAUCGUUUGCGACAAGUCGGGAUACUAAGCGCCAUGGCUGGUACAAUGGUCCUACCGCACAACAGAGGGAAGGUCCGCCCACGCAGGACAACAGAGCCGCGCAAGUUGACAAGAUGGAGCAUCCCAACUUUACUGCAUUCUCUGGCUUCCCUGCGCGAGAACAGCAGCCGCCGGCUCCACAGCAGCAGGAGCGUCCUGCCAACAGCCGUUUUGACGCUCUUGUUGCUGUUGCCACUAACGAGAGCACCACAGCCACAGCUUACUAA